AUGUCUCUUGGAAAUAGAGCUUCAGAUUUUGCUCAUAGAACUUUAGUUAUAGCAUUGGCUGGUAUUGCAGUAUACUCUUUUGUUGGAGCAGGUGUAAUGAUAAAUCGAAGAUUAGAUAAAAGUAAAGAAAUGUAUAUGCGUCAAGAAUUGCAAAAAUUUUCGCAAGAUACAUCACAAAAUUCCGAGAGUAUAGUGACGGACGAUAAUGUUUAA